UGUACAUUCUCAUGACAACACGACAGCAAAUUAGUUCACGGGUGCGCCUUUUUCACAAGCGAGCAAUUUGAAUUUAUUUUUCUAUUGAAAAUUUCAGUUUCAUGGAGCUCGUGAAUGGACUUUCGAAACCAAUUAAGACGGAGAAAGAAACCACCGAAAAAACCAGCGGUACUGAACGUGUGGCAACGAUUUCACCAAAUGGCAUUGGUACUAACAGCGAUCGUUCAAAAUUAUCUGAUUCACAUUGGGAGUUCAUGGAUCAGAUAAAUAUGUCUUCGAAACAACGGAAGCGAACCGAAGGUGACGUAUGUGCACAAGAAUUUCUUCGGAAUCGUCUCCUGGGGCGAACUAUGUUAACCGAUACUGGCAAGCGACCGUACAAAUGUCAUAUAUGUGAAAAAUCAUUUAACCGUCAGAGUGACUUAACUUUGCACAAAAAGAUACACAGUAAUGAACGACCACAUAAAUGCAAGAUAUGUGGCAAAGGAUUCCUUCAGAAGAAGCUGGUUGAACCACAUAUGGUAACUCACACUGGCGAGCGGCCGUAUAAAUGUGAUAUAUGUGACAAAUCAUUUGCCCAUCAGAGUACCUUAUGUAGGCACAGAACGAAUCACAGUAAUGAACGACAGCAUAAAUGCGAGAUAUGUGGCAAAGAAUUCCUUCAGAAGCAUCACCUGAAGCAACAUAUGUUAACUCACACUGUCCAGCGGCUGUACAAAUGUGAUAUUUGUGGCAAAACGUUUAAUAAGGAGAAAAUUUUUAGUAGGCACAGAAAAAUUCACAGUGAUAAACGACCACAUAUAUGCGAGGUAUGCGGCAAAGGAUUUCCUCGAAAGUAUCUGCUUGAGCAACAUAUGUUAACUCACACUGGCGAGCGGCCGUAUAAAUGUGAUAUAUGUGGAAAAUCAUUUACCCAACAGAGUGUCUUAACUUUACACAGAAAAAUUCACAGUGAUGAACGACCGCAUAAAUGCGAGAUAUGUGGCAAAGGAUUUCUUCAAAAGUAUCUGCUUGAGCAACAUAUGCUAACUCACACUGGCGAGUUGCCGUACAAAUGCGAGAUAUGUGGCAAAGGAUUCGUUCAGAAGUGUUGGCUUGCGCGACAUAUGUUAACUCACACUGGUAGGUUACCGUACAAAUGCGAGAUAUGUGAUAAAGGAUUCAUUCAGAAGUGUGUGCUUGAGCGACAUAUGUUAACUCACACCGGCGAUCGGCCGUUCAAAUGUGAUAUCUGUGGCAAAUCAUUUUAUGAGACGCGUAACUUGAAACUACAUGUGGUAGCUCACACUGGCGAUCGGCCGUAUAAAUGUGAUAUAUGUGAAAAAUCAUUUAACCGUCAGAGUGACUUAAAUUUGCACAAAAAGAUACACAGUAAUGAACGACCACAUAAAUGCGAGAUAUGUGGCAAAGGAUUCCUUCAGAAGAAGCAGGUUGAACCACAUAUGGUAACUCACACUGGCGAGCGGCCAUACAAAUGUCAUAUAUGUGACAAAUCAUUUGCCCGUCAGAGUAUCUUAACUGUGCACAGCAAGAUGCACAGUAAUGAACGACCGCAUAAAUGCGAGAUAUGUGGCGAAGGAUUCGUUCAGAAGUAUCUGCUUGAGCAACAUGUGAUAACUCACACUGGCGAGUGUGGGGAAUAGAGUAUGUAUAUGAACUGCACUAUAAAGGGGUGUCUCCAACGAGGUAUAAAUAGGCCUCAUCUCGAGACAGGAUUUUUCUGCUUCGCUGGAAUAAAGAAACAAGAAAUAAUAUAGUCAUCCCCAUGCUGUUUGAUUCAAUAAAACAUAAGCCACACUCCCGGUGAUUGCCUGUCCCGAGUUAAAGUUGCGUUUUUUUUCAAACUCAGGAUUUCCAAAUCAAUCAAACAAACGAUAAAUCUAUCACAAGUUCUCGGCAGCCGGCUGCCCAGAACAGUAAACACAUGAUAACUCUUGAAAGUUACGUAGAUCGUAUCACUUACCAAGGUGAAUCCAAAUUUUUUUUGUAAUUCUUCACCCCAUCGCAUUGACAAACACUCUUACUCGUGACAAACGGUGAGAUUCAGAGGUAUACACGGUCUACAUAAUAACGUUUGUUACACUUGUAUUUCUUUCCUUCCUGGAUGGCUGUAAGGACGUGGCCGGGACCGCUAUUGGCUUUGCAAAGUAUGGAACUCUCGAAACGUGCACAUUGAGGAUUACUCGCAAGCUCCAUUCGUUGAUUCUCUGUGCAAUUUCGCUUAUUCCGGUUAAUCACGGAGUAGCAACUGCGAACUGUACGGUCAUCAUGUUCAUGCUCAAUCUUGUCAUACGGCAGCGUGCGAAUUUGAAAAGCAAUGACUAAUGAUAAUUUAUUUUUAAUAUAUGUUGUGAAUAAUUAGAUCUAUGAAGCAUGUUAAUCAUGUGAUUCAAAUAUAAAAUUUUUAGUACGCCUCAUAAAAUUUAUAGGUACGAAGGGUGCAAAAAUAUAAUUGCAAUGUGUGGCACAUCACUAUCAUCUAUGAAUGUCUCAGAAAAUCAAAAUGGUGCUCCAGCAGAUAAUUCAUGUGUUUCUUUUAUAAGUUUUUUUUUCAAUCUGAAAAUUAAUUUGAAAUUUCAUUUGUUGGAUCUUUUAAUUUUUUACAAUAAGUAAAAAGUAAAAAAAAAAUCUAAGAAUGUCGGUC